AAUUGCUGUUAGGCAGCUAAAGGCAAACCCCAGCACCAAGGGAGAUUCAAACCCCAUUGGAAUGCUGAGAAACUCUAUAUAAGCUAUAGUCCAAGAGUUCAUCCACACACAUCUUCGGGCUUGUUCGGCCUCCUGAGAUUCUCUUUUCCAUUUCCAAUUUCCACCCCACACCAAGAUGUCUUGCUACGACAUGUGCCCACCAAGAACCAGCGUGGCCGUCCCCCAGCCCAUCGCUGAGAGCUGCAACGAGCUGUGUGCCCGCCAGUGUCCCGACUCUUCAGCCUUCAUCCAGCCACCGCCUGUGGUUGUCACCUUCCCCGGCCCCAUCCUCAGCUCCUUCCCCCAGCAAGCCGUGGUGGGCUCCUCCGGAGCACCUGCCUUUGGGGGCAACCUGGGGCUGGGAGGCCUCUACGGUGCUGGGGCCACUCAGGCCUCGGGGGGUCUCUGCACCUUUGGCAGACCCUACGCUCCUGCUGCCUGCAGCCCUUUGGCUCUGCCCCGCUACAGCCAGAGCCUGCGGAACUCCUGUGGGCCCUGCUAGAGCCAGCUGCAAAGCCUCCAGGUUUUGCAGCCCAUACUCCUCACCCCAAUACAACCAGUUCCUCCACAGCACCUGUGGGCCCUGCUAAAAGUAGCAGGAGCAUCUGUGCUUAGUCUCCUGAAAGUAUCAAUGUCCUUUGGACUAAUGAUCUACAUUAUUUCUGUCUUGGUUCUCAUUUUCUGGUGGUUGAGGAUAUUUGUUUGUCAAUGAAGGAGAGGUUUGAGCUGUUUUCCUGUAACUUUCAUUCCGAUUAAAGUUCUGCUGCAUAAUACAGUCA